UUGUGAUCGGGAGUUUUUUCUUUCUUUUUUUUUUUCAAAUUAUUUAUUCGCAAAUGUCAUCAGAAAUUAAUUUGCUAACUCUUUCAUCUGCUCGUGAGAGGAAAAGGGCAUAAAUUAAAUAAUAUUUCAGCGAUUAUAUAUAGAGAGAGUAGGAUUCGGAGACUCCAACUUUAACCUCGAUUUGAUCGCAGUUUAACCCAAUCCACCACCAAUCCGUAUUGAGAAAUGGCGCGCAAGAAGAUCAGAGAGAACGAUUCCAAGAGAUUGUUGAAGGAGCAUUUUAAAAGAAUUUCUGGCCGUGAUUUACCGAUCAAAUCAGCGCAGGUUAGUGAAUCGACCGAUUUCAAUGAGCUAGCUGAGAAGGAACCCUGGCUGUUAUCGUCAAAAUUGGUUGUGAAGCCUGACAUGUUGUUUGGAAAGCGUGGUAAAAGCGGUUUAGUUGCACUAAAUCUAGACUUGGCUGAAGUAACUAAUUUUGUGAAGGAACGUCUGGGGAAAGUGGUGGAGAUGAGCGGAUGCAAGGGACCCAUUACAACAUUUAUAGUGGAGCCUUUUAUCCCACACAACGAAGAAUUUUAUCUGAAUAUUGUCUCAGAAAGGCUUGGCUGUAGUCUAAGCUUUUCAGAAUGUGGAGGAAUUGAUAUUGAAGAGAACUGGGAUAAGGUCAAGACCAUCUUUGUUCCAACAGGAGCAUCCCUUACAUCGGAAAUAUGUGCUCCACUUGUUGCCACCCUUCCUUUGGAGAUCAAGGGGGAAAUUGAGGACUUUCUCAAGUCUGUUUUUUCUCUAUUUCAAGAUUUGGACUUCACUUUUCUGGAAAUGAAUCCCUUCACAUUGGUUGAUGGAAAGCCUUAUCCACUGGACAUGAGAGGCGAACUGGAUGAUACUGCUAGUUUUAAGAAUUUCAAAAAGUGGGGUGAUGUUGAGUUCCCAUUGCCGUUUGGAAGAGUUAUGAGUGCAACAGAGAGCUUUAUUCAUGGCCUAGAUGAAAAGACGAGUGCAUCAUUGAAAUUCACUGUCUUGAACCCAAAAGGAAGAAUAUGGACCAUGGUUGCUGGAGGAGGUGCAAGUGUCAUUUAUGCAGACACGGUUGGAGAUCUUGGUUACGCCUCUGAGCUUGGGAAUUAUGCAGAAUACAGUGGAGCACCAAACGAAGAGGAGGUGUUACAGUAUGCCCGAGUUGUUAUUGAUUGUGCAACUGCAGAUCCUGAUGGCCGUAGUAGAGCGCUUGUGAUUGGUGGAGGAAUAGCUAACUUUACGGAUGUAGCUGCUACAUUUAAUGGCAUAAUUAGGGCCUUGAAGGAGAAGGAAGCAAAGCUUAAGGCAGCAAGAAUGAAUAUUUAUGUAAGGAGAGGAGGUCCUAACUACCAGAGGGGCUUGGCAAAAAUGCGGGCACUUGGAGAAGAACUCGGCAUUCCAAUUGAGGUCUAUGGCCCUGAAGCAACAAUGACUGGUAUAUGCAAGCAAGCCAUUGAAUGCAUCACCGCAGCUGCGUAAGUCUCCGUUGGAGUAUUCUGACUUUUUCCUCUAACAACUAUCAUCUAUACCAAAGUUGGAGAAUCUGAUAGAAUUCUUUUUUAUUUCCCUCUAUCCCAUCCCUUGGCUUCUUAACGAUAGUUUCAUUCAAAAAUUUGCCAUGGGUCUUUUAUGACAAGAGUAGGAAAAGAUACUGCUAAUGGCAAUGUAUGGAUAUUAAAUAAAGAACCUUUUAAUGUUUAGUCUGAAUUGAGGCUAAUUUUCAUGGGUCAUGAAA